GAACUCUCGGUUAUCUCAAACGGGCGGGACUGACAGAACCCUUCGAAAUCUCCCGGUGAGGCUGUUCUCGACUUUCUCCAAGGCUGUCGUCUUGCUGUCCUUAGAAAUGAUUCACUCCACUUUUCUGGCCGCUUUUACAUUUCUCCAAUUCUGCCACUUUCAAACCUUAAUACGAAAGGAUACAAUUAGAUACCGGUCAAUCAAGCUCAAGACGACGAAAUUGAUUUGACAACAAACGAUUCAUUCCUGCACAUACAUAUACUCACAUACUUCCUCAUUAAUCGUCCCUUUCUCGCACUCAUUUUCUGGCUCGCAUAGUCAUGAUAACUACAAUACUCAUAAUCUGUUAAUGCCGAGAUUAUUAGAGGCAUUGCGCCUCAAAACCCCCUUGAUCCUUAAACCUUUUCUAUAAAUCAAGAAUUAGGCAAAUCGAGGAGCUGAUCCCGAGUCACCAAAUGUCUUGGGAUUUGUUAAAGCGAUUUAUCGAGUCCGAUGUUUUCAAUCAGAAUCCAUUCCUCUCCGUAGCCUAUCUUUCACGGUAUGCAGACCAUGUCGGGAUACAUUAUGUUCUCUGCUCGAAGUUGCGACAAUUUAGUUAUGAGGAGAUUGAGUUCUUCCUCCCGCAGCUAUGCCACCUAAUUAUCAGUGUCGAUAAUGAGUCUGUGGCUCUGGAGGAAUUCAUUCUGGAUUUGUGCGAGGAAUCGGUCAAUGCUGCAUUAUUGACAUUCUGGCUGUUCCAAACAUAUCUCCACGAUCUUUCUGCGAAUCCUCAAUCCGAAGCUUUCAAAACGUGCAGACGAAUUUAUAAUAAGGUCCAGCAUAUCGUAUUCGGGGUCUCGGAAACUCCCACGAAGAAGAUCAGUGAGAAUGUCUUACCUGUUACUGUUCUAGCAAGUUUUGUUCUGGCGAGCAUAGCAGUUCCCUUUCUACCAAAAUGGGCUGGACCAUUGGCUAUUUCACAGGCACGGAAACCUCAAAGUACAGGGAAUGUGGUCGCAGAUACUAGUCAGAUGCAGACACAAAAGAUUGUUCGAAGUCAUACAACGACACCGGGGUCUACACGAACAAAACAGAGGAGAGAGGCUGCAAGGAUCGCCAGCGCCCCAGGCAGUGGUGGUCUGGAUAGUGCUGGACCCUCUGAAGCCCCACCAGAUCUGGCUCGAUCGAACUCCUUAACUAGACCCACCUCAUCGAACUCUAGCCGAAAGGUACCCCUAGAACAGAUACGGCCUUCGCGUUUAGACCUCAAAGCAUUAGAGCCUCGAAAUCAAAGCUCGGCAUCCCUUCCAGAAUUAAGAAAUCCAAAUCUACCCAGUAGACCAGCAACACCCGUUACAGCUGGUCUUCCAACAAGGCUGACUGAACCAAUCAAUAAAAGAUACUCUCAGCAUUCACAUGGCGGAAAACUUCUGACUCCAGCAUCAUUAACUGACAAGCAGAAAGUCAAAUUAUUAAGGCAAAACUAUUUUCGAUCUGAAACCCAAUUUUUAACGGCUCUGGAGGAUAUAUCAAAUCGUCUAGUCAUCGUCCCAAAGCCAGCGCGCCUUAGUGCAUUGCGUGCCGAACUUGCACUUAUUGCUCAGGAUUUGCCAGCUGAAGUUGAUAUACCAGUUAUUUGUCCUGCCACUCUCGUGGAUGGAAUUCCUAGCAAAAGUAAACAUCACCGUAUUGUUCGCCUGAACCCAGCGGAAGCGACAGUUUUGAAUAGCGCCGAGAAAGUACCUUAUCUUUUGAUGGUAGAAGUACUUCGGGAUGAUUUCUCCUUCAACCCGGAAACUCUAGACAAUGAACGUUUAUUGAGCCGAUUAGUGUCAGAGGAAGGAACACAUAAGAGACGAAGAUUUGACCUCUCGGAAUCUGGACGAUCGUACGGUAGUCACAUCAUCAAAAGUACGGAUAAUACCCCCGAUAGUGUUUUUGAGCCAAUCAGUGGCGAUUUGGGCAGCUCACCAUUAAUCAAAGAAAUAGAUCACGACGAGGAGGACGUACACACCCCAACUUACAAGGAAAAUGCAACAACCUCCCGGCCUACGCGCAAAUCAAGCGGUGCAACGACUUUAUCGAGCUUAUCCGGUGUUGCAACACCUAGGACAUCCGGAACAUCAACGUCUAGAUCCAUCAGUCCUACACCGAGAAGGAAGAUGACCAUUCCAGGAGUAGGUCGAUCGGGAGAGAAAGAUCAACCGGACUUUUCUACCUUAACAACGCAUAUUAGGACUGCUACACAAAUGCUUACCCAGCUCAAUUCGACGAGUGGGAAAAGACCCAAACAUGAGGUUGAUGCAAUUCGUCAUAAAAUUAUCGCCAGUAUACAGAGCCUUGAAGAGCAAAAUUAUGACUCAGAAGACAAUGUGCAAUCGCAGACUUUUGACAUGAUUAUGGAAAAAGCGAAUGCGGCAGCAGCAAAUGUUGCACCGGAAGAUAUCGAGGAAGUAUCACCAACUGAUGCGGAUGCUGUUAUUAAUGUCGGAGCUGGUGCAGCUCGAAUGGAGAAUGAUCAAAAGACUGGUGGUGUUCAAAGAAAAGGGGACAGAGACGAUCCAAGUGCUGCGACAUUCGGAGAAGCAUGGAACGUCAAGAAAGAACGUAUCAGGAAGUCCUCGCCUUAUGGGUGGAUGAAAAAUUGGGAUGUUUUGAGUGUCAUCGUAAAGACAGGUGCUGAUUUACGACAAGAAGCAUUUGCAUGUCAGCUCAUUCAAUGCUGUGAUAAUAUCUGGCAGGAUGCGGGAACUCCAGUUUGGGUCAAACGAAUGAGAAUUUUGGUCACCGGGGAGUCAUCUGGUUUGAUAGAGACAAUCACGAACGGUGUGUCCUUACAUUCGUUAAAGCGUAGUCUCACACUUGCCACGAUUGAAGCAGGUCAAAAUCCCCGAAGGAGAAUUGCUACGUUGAGAGAUCACUUCGUGAAGACCUUUGGACCACCCGAUAGUGAUGCAUACAAAGCUGCAGAAGACUCUUUCAAAAGAUCACUCGCAGCAUAUAGCAUCAUCUCAUACAUUUUACAGUUGAAAGAUCGACAUAAUGGUAAUGUUCUCAUUGAUAACGAAGGGCACAUUAUUCACAUCGACUUCGGCUUUAUGCUGUCCAACUCUCCUGGGUCGGUUGGUUUCGAAGCUGCACCUUUCAAAUUAACACAGGAUUAUGUUGAUGUCCUAGGAGGUGUUGGAUCACCUGCAUUUGAUGAUUACAAAAAGUUAUGCAAACAAGCUUUCCAAGCAUUACGUAGAUCAGCAGAUAAUCUAAUCGAUCUUGUUAGUAUGAUGGGACGAGAAUCAAAAAUGCCAUGUUUUUCGUAUGGAGUUGCUCAAGCAACGAACAGUCUGAGGCAGAGGUUCCAGCUGCAGAUGAGCGCCGAUGAGGCAGAGACGUUUGUGGAGACAGACUUAAUUGGAAAGUCUUUGGGGAGUUAUUACACACGAUUAUACGAUACUUUCCAAUAUCGUACCCAGGGUAUAUAUUAGUAGGUGGAGUGGGUAUGCAUGCUGGGCAGUUUCUUGGAGAAACUGGGAGCGUUUAUAAUUGAAUGCAUUGUGACUGGCAUGGCGUUGGAUAAUAUCAUUGAGCUGAUUGAUUUAUGUGUGGCAUUUACGUGAAGCGAAUUUCAAGGGGAGCAAAAGUGUCUUGUUGAACGGAGACGAUAUGAGGAAGAACGAGCAGAAGCGAUCUGAUCUUUAGCAUUAGAAGUGAUUUGACUUGAUCGUUUGAAUGGAAUGAUAAUUUCAGUUCAAUGAAAUCGAGUGAUGAUUUAUUGUACUCGCAAUAUUUAGUCUAGGUCAUAAAGGCACAGAUUGUUUUGCCUGGCUGAUUAAUAUGGGGAGAAAUAUUAAUCAACUUUUCUCUCCUGUUACCAUCUUAUUACGGCCAAUAAUAAGAGACUUUUUCGAAUUGAGAAUUUUGGUUACUGAGACGAAGCUCA